CGGUAACUAUUUCCAAAUAAAGUAACCUUAGGAGAGAAUUAAACAAAAUGACAACUAAUUGAAAUUAGACAAUUACCUACCGGUUACGGGUGACCCGCUAGCCGAAACAAUACAGACACUGUUCCGAUUACAUAGUUAUAGUCGGCGGGAUUGAGACGACUGACACGUGUCUUUUCUCACCGGCGCAAAUUGAUCGAAGAAUCAGAAGACUUAUAGAUUACAACAUAGCAUGGCAGCCAAACUGGCUUUACCGAGCGGUCCAACAACUUGUGGGCAUUUGAGUGCUGAUCAUACUAGAUCAAGACUUAUUGGAGCUGUUGGCCGUAGGAGAGCUGCACAUUCAUUAGGCAGAAUCAUGGAUUUCCAACUAUCUGUUAUUAAUUUUGUCCAGCCUUAUUCUUUCAGGAAAUUCAAGAGGCUGGCGUGGUCUAUAAGAAGUGCUGCAGAUGGCAGCGGACUAAAUUCUUCUCCUACAACCAGCAGCAGCGGUGGAACUCGACUUAUUAGGGCCAUCGAGGCACUUCUAGCCAAACUAGAUGCCAGAAUUAAGGUGUUGAGGAAAAACCUACCAAUGAAGUUGCUAUUUUUCUUAGUGGGUUUCUAUUGUGCAACCGCAUUUGCCACUGUAAUAGGGCAGACAGGUGAUUGGGAUAUUAUUUCUGCUGGAUUAGCUGUGGCUGUGGUGGAGGGCAUUGGAGCUCUCAUGUAUAGAUCUAUUCCCAUUAUAAAUGAGGCAAGGAGCCUCAUCACUAUGUUCAAUUAUUGGAAGACCGGGCUGACUCUCGGUCUAUUCCUGGACUCUUUCAAGUAUUAAGUUGGAGAUGAGGAGAGGGGAAGUGUACAGAAAUCAUAACGCCAUUGAAAUUUCAUAGUUUUAUUUUUUGCGCUUGCGGUAGGCAAAUUCAUGUUGUCAGAAGGUAAUUGUAUGUCUUUUGCAGGAUGUCUGUUGUACAGUGUCUCCAGUGGUAUAGCAUAUAUCUCACAUGUACAUGGGAGGCAUCCCCAGUUUGGUGCCACAUUUGUAAAAUGUACAGGAAAAUAUGAUUUAAUGUUUCAGUUUUAUGCUA